AUGGCUUCCAGUUCUCAGAUCGAAAGUGUCCCUGCAGUCACCAAGGGCCAUCAACACUUCAGCUACGGCGGAUCAGUGUUACCUGAGUCUGUCAUCAUUGAGCAAUAUUAUGACCUAACCCCAACCAAGAAGAGUAAUCUCCGUAUGAAUGACCAGCUUGAGAAGAUGAUUAAAGUUGCUGUUCCAAGAGAGCAUCCGUACCAGUCCCACAUGUCCCGCUAUGCCAUGUUUCCAUCUUACCGAUCCCCUGAUGACCCUGACACAGGAGUGAGGGCUGGUUCUAAACUGCCCCUCAACCCUCUCCUGCCCUCUAGUGCACCUACAGUCACUUUACUCCAUAAGACUACAGGCAGUCCGUACCAUCAUGAGAUACUUGAUGUUCCCAUAGCAACCAGAAGAAAAGCAAUGACUUGGUCAGGGCAACAUGAUUUCCAGAAUCAUACUAAGCCAUUAAAAGAGAAGGCUCAAGUGUUCUACCCCAGGCCUCCGAAGACAGUGUGCCCAAAUGCUUCUCUGCGUGACUGGAAUACCACCUUGUCUGAGUGCACAGCCAACAUGUUACGCAACUUGGAGAAAGCCCAGUGGCUCACCUCAUACCAACUACACUACACAGGCACUGGGCCCACUAACCCCAUUAAACUGGACGAUUUCCAUGAGAAGACAAUUGCCAUGUUUACCGGAGAAAUGAACCCUCUAACAGCACAGCUGAGGGAGCGAUCAUUUCCUAUUUUCACUCCUUCUCGGCCAUUGGAAGGACGCAAGGCCAGGAUUCUUCCAAAUCUAUGCCCUUUGAAAAGCACCUACGCUCCAUCCUUGUCUUCUCCUGCCACCUCUGUCCUUUCAGGGGCUGCAGAUCUGGGCCUAACCGCACCCGGUACACUCACCCCUUUGGCUGUGGAGGUCAGACGAGAUGACACCAGCCUUCCACAGAGAUCCACAGAGACUCAACAUACAGAUCAGUACAGAUCUGUUGAUGCAGACCUAAAAGAAGUGUUGGAGAACUCCAACACAGGGCACAUUUUAGAGCACACCUUCCAUUCUCUACUGGAUGGAAAGGAGAAGCUUCAAACAAUGAAAUCCCAACCUGAGAAAGGGAAUGAAUAUUUAUCAAAAAGCCUCCAGCCCCGAAGCUUUCAAGAAAGGAAGCAAACCCUGGAUAACAGGACACAGUCCACCCUGCUUGAGCUCCAGGACUCCUUCAGCAAAAGUGAAGCUCACCGACAAUUCCGUGAGUCCCUCAAGGGCUCAGUGGUUGACCUGCGUGACAACUAUUACAAUGGAAGAAAGCAUUUGUUCUGUGGUUCCAACUCAUACUACUUUCAUAACUGA